UAAAAGAUACCCUCAUCCGGUGAAAUCACCAUCAGUACCGCUUACGUACGCUUCGUGAACGUUUGUUUCUCAAGUCCACUCAAACUCAACCACAAAAUGUCUGGCCGCGGCAAAGGAGGCAAAGUUAAGGGAAAGGCAAAGUCCCGUUCCAACCGCGCUGGAUUGCAGUUCCCAGUCGGUCGUAUUCACCGUCUGCUCCGGAAGGGCAACUAUGCCGAGCGUGUCGGUGCCGGCGCUCCAGUCUACUUGGCUGCCGUUAUGGAAUAUCUGGCCGCUGAAGUGCUCGAAUUGGCAGGAAACGCUGCCCGUGACAACAAGAAGACCAGAAUCAUUCCCCGUCAUCUGCAGUUGGCCAUCCGCAACGACGAAGAAUUGAACAAGCUGCUGUCCGGUGUUACCAUCGCCCAAGGUGGUGUUCUGCCCAACAUUCAGGCUGUCUUGCUGCCGAAGAAAACCGAGAAGAAGGCAUAAGUUACUACACUGCGUGCAUCAAACCAAAAACCGUCCUUUUCAGGACGACAA